GGACAUUUAUUUUGAAAACAUCAACUCAAAGUGUUAGCUAAAACCGAAGGCUAAUCCAUACGUGCUACAUUUACAGGCUUUAUUAAAGAACACAUCUCAUGGCAGAUGGAAACAGAAAUUCAGUUCCGUUCAAAACUGUACUUGUUUUAGGAAUAUAAUACUUUACUCUUUGUAUACUAUGUUUAAAAGGAUGGCUGAAUUUGGUCCAGAUUCGGGGGGACGGGUAAAGGGAGUGACUAUCGUGAAACCGAUCGUGUUUGGAAAUGUUGCACGGUAUUUUGGCAAGAAAAGAGAAGAAGACGGUCACACUCAUCAGUGGACUGUUUAUGUCAAGCCAUACAGAAAUGAGGACAUGUCUGCUUAUGUCAAAAAAAUUCAGUUUAAACUGCAUGAAAGCUAUGGGAAUCCUUUAAGAGUGGUUACAAAGCCACCAUACGAGAUAACAGAGACUGGUUGGGGCGAGUUUGAAAUCAUUAUCAAAAUCUUCUUCAUUGAUCCAAAUGAGAGACCAGUCACCCUGUAUCACCUUCUGAAGCUUUUCCAGUCAGACUCGAGUGCCAUGCCAAAGAAGACUGUUGUAUCCGAGUUCUAUGAUGAGAUGAUAUUUCAAGACCCGACAGCCAUGAUGCAACAGCUUCUUAACACAACCAGACAGUUGACGCUAGGGGCGUACAAACAUGAGACAGAGUUUGCAGAGCUGGAAUUAAGAACACGAGAAAAAUUAGAAGCGGCAAAGAAGAAGACGAGCCAGGAGAUCACAGAGCUUAAGGAACGAUUGAAAGCCUCCAGAGAAAACAUUAACUUUCUCAAGGGAGAGAUACGCAGAAUGGAAGAGGAUGACCACCUAAAAGAACAUUAGGAACUUUUAUACCAUCAGAUAAAUAGGACUGUGGACGUUGAUCCAGCAUCUGUUCAACACUUUUCAACUCUUUGGGUUUUGUUAUGCUUUGUAAAUUAAAAUAAAAGCAAAUUCAUUUGGUAGUGAA